AUGUCGGGCGCAGACGCAUCAACUUUUAAUAAACUUCAACCAAAUUCUAGAAGUAAGGCAGUGUGCGAAGCUGCUAGACCAUUGAGACCGUCAUGUAAUUUAUUAUCAACUGGCUACUCGUCCCGGAUUCGUCUGGGUGUACAUGCAUUAUACAUAAAAACCUUGCUUGAAUCACUCUAUCUAUUAAAAAAAGCGCUUCAAAAUCUGUUGCGUAGUUUUAAAGAUUUAAGCAUACAUAGGACGGACAGACAGCAACAGCGACUUUGUUUUAUACUAUGUAGUGAUGAUGAACUUCCCUUCAGACCUUCAGAUUCAGAAGAAGAAAAAAAUGUAAUAUAUCGACCUGGUUUCGACCCGUAUAACCUGUACUAUGAUAUGUCUGGGAGCAAAUACUUACUCAUAUUCAACCACUACAAAUUUCAAGAUACACAUUAUUUCCGACACACACCCGCUAAUCGGGAAGGUACAGAUAAAGAUGUUGCUACACUGACCAAAGUAUUCGAAGAUAGACGGUUCAAGGUGACCCCACACGAUGAUCUAACUUACGAUGAAAUGAAAGCUACUGUUGAGAAUUUCAUAGCCCAUGAUCACGGCAGUACGUCGUGCAUAUGCGUAGCAAUUUUGUCACAUGGGGACAAAAAUGGUCACAUUUAUGCUGCGGAUAAGCCUUACUCUUUGCAAAAAUUUAUGUCACAAUUUGAGAAUCCGAAGUUGGCAACUAUACCUAGAUUAUUUUUUAUUCAGGCUUGUAGAGGUGGUGAAAUUGAUAAAGGAAAUUUCGUGUCUACUGAUAGUCAAGCAAACAAAAAAUAUCAUGUUCCAUCUCAGAUCGACUUUCUAACGCUGUAUCCUACAGUUGAGGGCCUGGUUUCGUUUAGAGACGACGGCUCAUGGAUGAUUCAAGCAAUUUGUUACGUAAUAUCUAAGUAUUAUGAACACUUCGAUAUCCUUCAGUUGAUUACAUUGGCCAACAAUUAUGUAGCAUUCGGAAGAUGUUCAAACAACCCUGAUAAUGAGGAAAUACACAAUAAGAAACAGACACUUGAAGCGACUUUCACUUUGACUAAAUUGUUGAAAUUCGAAUAAUAAGUGGAUAACUCAUACAGAGCCAUAAGCCAUAAUAAUAAUAAGUGAAUGUUUAUUGAUAUGAUUUGAUUGAGAGCCAUUUAGUUCCGAGCUUAGCAACCCUUGUGUUACGGAUACUAGACUCCUGAUAUAUAUCAGUUAGAAACUGUAAUCUACAUGUAUUUAUGAUUAAAUACA